CUGGACAGGAUGGUGUCUGGAGUGAUGGAGCGGUACCGCCAGGCAUGUGUCCCCCCGCCUGUGCUGCUGUAUGUGGACUGUGGCUGCUGCGUGAGCGAGGGGGAGAGCAAGCUGCAGACCAGGUUUGCACAGUGGCCAGACAUCCACAUAAGACUGGACAUCUGGCAUUUCAUGAGGAGGCUGGCUGUCGGUUGCACCACCGAUGCUCAUCCCCUCUACCCCACCUUCAUGGGCUGCCUGUCUGCAUGUAUCUUUGAGUGGGAUGCAGGGGACCUCAGUCUGUUGCGGCAGGCUAAGAGAGAGCAGCUCAGACAGGAGGGUGUGCCAGCGCUUACUGAUAUCCUGGUGGACAGGAGAAUCACUAAGAAGGAGCUGAGCCAGUACUGCAGAAGGAGGACGCGCGGGGAGAAGGGGACCAUCAGCCUCAUCGAGCAGCUGCUGCAAACACUGGAGGGUCCAAAAGGGAGAGACCUCAUGGGGGUGCCGCUGCUGGAACAGGUGCGCAUGGAGCACAUCUGGCGGGUGCAGAAACGGCACGUCAAGUGCAUCCAGGACGUGCCAGGUGUGCAGCUGUACACAGUGACAGGCACCACCACCACCAAAGGCGGCGUUGUCCUGACCAGGUACCGCUGUGCCAGAGGGUCCACGUCCCUGGAGUCGUUUCACUGCCACCUCAACAGGUUCAUUCCAGGAACCAGUGCAAACGCACUGAACUUCCAGUUGUACCUGCUGGAAGGCCUCAACAGGUGGAACCAGGAUCGAGGGACUGCAGCAGUGACCAGCAAGCCCUCAUCUCUCCUCACCUAC